CAGGCAGUCCCGAACUACAUAUCGGUGGCGCACCGCCCCUCCGUGCGCGAGUACCACACCCACGUGACCGUGAUGACGAUGAACCCCCCAGAGCUGGACGCCGCGCUGGCGGUCGCGAGGUUCUCGACGAGGGAGGACUGCGAGUUCGGCGAGGUGGACAGCCACGCCCACUCGCAGAUGGAGGGCAAUCGGGAGGAGCAGGUGUGGGCCAUGAAGCGGCUGGUGCUGGAGACGGGGGGCGAGCAGGGCGGGGCCGCGGGGGAGCCUCCCGCGGAGAGCGGCGCCCAGGUCAAGGAGAGCGGGGGCGCCCCGCACGGGGAGAUGCCCCGGGCGCCGGGCGGCGGCGGCCCGCCCAAGGAGGCGCCCAGGCCCCUGCCGGACCUGAGCCGCUCGGAGGGGCCCCUGUCGCUCUUCGUGCGGGCCG